UAGACGGACAUACAGACAAAGACAAACAAACAGACAGACUAACAGACUGACACACAGAAAGACUGAUUGACAGAUAGACAAGCAGACCAACAGACAGACAGGGACAUAGACUGCCAAACAGAUAGACAGACAGUAAGACAUAGAGACAGACUGAGCAACUGACAGACAGACAAACAGAUAGACUGGCAGAUAGAUGGGCAGAUACACAGACAGAUAGACAUAGACAAGCUGACAGAUAGACAGACAAGCAGACAGACAGACAAGCAGACAGACAGACAAGCAGACAGACAGACAAGCAGACAGACAGAAAAGCAGGUAGACAGACUGCCAAUGAUGAAAAUGAAGAUACUUUUCUUUAUUUGUUUAUUGCAGAAUAAUCCAAAUGAAAGUUCCUAAAUUCAAAGAAACGAAACGCAUUAAGCGUUGCACUUCUGAACCUCGACUAUAUUUUGGAGAAAGUAUCUUUGAAGAACUUGACAUACAGCUUUCAGCUGUGCUUAAAAAGAGCAAGUCUCUUGCAGCAAUGCAUUUAUUAUCAACAAAGAAAGAAGAGCAAAGAACAAGAGAUCUAGCUAAGGACUUAAAGGUACUGGCACAGAGGGAUGAAGUUCAACCUGAUGUGGCAGAGCUUCUAAUGGAUGAUCUACCUCCAGUCAUUAAGUCUGUUGCACAAGAUGACAAGAGGAAGCUGGCCCAAGCAAAGUUACAAAGAACUAUCCAAAGUCUUGAAAAGCUGCAACGAGAAAACAGAAGAAGUGAGAGGGAUGUGAAAAUAAUUGAACCAAUCUUCACCCAGCCUGAUAUUCGGACAAUUCAUUUCCAGAAAAAGGAUACUGUUCGAAUCUCCUCUGUACAAGUUACAGAGAGGUAUUUACAGGUCAGCCCAACAUUACAGAUGUUCAAACCACAAUACAAUGAACUUCUUGGUGAGAUUCCCUCAUCUAUAGUUGAGGAAAUUGAUCAGGUAGAUGAUGAGAAGGCUCAGCUUGAAGAACUUUACGAAAAUAUAAAUACCAUUUUGGAAAAGUUUGAGAAUAAGGAAUCACUUGAAUUACUUGCCAAGGAUGAAGACAUAUUCGAGGCUCCUGACAGCUUGAACUUCAAAUAUUGUAUCAACUCCAGUUCACUGAACCUGAAAUCCCGAACAGUCAAUGAGAAUCUGAAGGUGUCGCAAGUGCCACCCUGGCAGGGUAUGAAAAAAGGAUUGUGGGAAUUAGUUCCACAGGCUCCUCGGAAAUACCAGAAGACAACCAUAUAUCCACGCCAUCCCACGAUUAUGAUGCAAGGGGAAGUGACAGACGUGAAAAAGCAGGGCGAUUGGAAAUCAUGGUGGUUAUCGUUUUUUGAUGAUAAAGACUGCCUCAAAUAUCUCAGCACGAUGGAUUCAGAUUUCCUUCAUGUUAUCUUCCAUCUGUAUGAUGAUGACGAGCAUUUAGAAAUCCGUAAAUCAAUAGAAGAUCAGGAAAAAAUGGCUGAGGUUUUAAGAGUGGAGAAAGAAUUGGCUGUCGCUGAGGCUGAAAGAAAGGUAGACGAGCUGCGUCGUAAGAAGACCCAAUAUGAAGAUGGCUUUUGGAAUGCUGAGACCAUACUCCUUGGCGGAUUAGGAAGUGAUCCAAGUAAAUUAUCUCCAUGA